AUGAAGAGUGACCGGUCUAUGGAACAACCUAUAUUCUUCAAAGAUGAACGCCACUCUGAUGAUCAAAGAGUGGACCAGGAGAGCUCAGAGGUUCCUGGUGGUCCCUCUGCCCAGCAGCAUCAAACACUGGACUCCAUAUUUGUGCUGCUGGAGGAAAACAUCAUCACUUUUGUGAAGAACGCGCUGAAGAAGAUCCAGAAGGUUCUGAGUUCAGAUGACCCAGAAUGCUUAGAGGACCAGUGGGAGAAUGAGGAGGUGUUGGAGGAGGAGUUUCUGAACAUCACGCUUCACUUCCUGAGAAGAAUGAAGCAGGAGGAGCUGGCUGACAGUCUGCAGAGCAUGUGCCCACGUAAACUUAAGUCUAACCUGAAGAAGAAGUUCCAGUGCGUGUUUGAGGGGAUCUCUAAAGCAGGAAACCCGACCCUUCUGAAUCAGAUCUACACAGAGCUCUACAUUACAGAGGGAGGGACUGCAGAGGUCAAUGAUGAACAUGAGGUCAGACAGAUUGAAACAGCAUCCAGGAAACCAGACAGACCAGAAACAACAAUCAAACAAGAAGCCAUCUUUAAAGCCUCACCUGGAAGAGAUGAACCAAUCAGAACAGUGCUGACAAAGGGAGUGGCUGGCAUUGGGAAAACAGUCUUAACACAGAAGUUCACUCUGGACUGGGCUGAAGACAAAACUAACCAGGACAUAAUGUUCACAUUUCCAUUGACUUUCAGAGAGCUGAAUGUGCUGAAAGAGAAAAAGUUCAGCUUGGUCGAACUUGUUCAUCACUUCUUUCCUGAAACCAAAGAAGCAGGAAUCUGCAGGUUUGAGAAGUUCCACGUUGUGUUCAUCUUUGACGGUCUGGACGAGUGUCGACUUCCUCUGGACUUCCACAACACUGAGAUCCUGACUGAUGUCACAGAGUCCACCUCAGUGGAUGUGCUGCUGACAAACCUCAUCAGGGGGAAACUGCUUCCCUCUGCUCGCCUCUGGAUAACCACACGACCUGCAGCAGCCAAUCAGAUCCCUGCUGACUGCGUUGACAUGGUGACAGAGGUCAGAGGGUUCACUGACCCACAGAAGGAGGAGUACUUCAGGAAGAGAUUCAGAAGUAAGAAGCAGGCCGGCAGAAUCAUCUCCCACAUCAAGACAUCACGAAGCCUCCACAUCAUGUGCCACAUCCCAGUCUUCUGCUGGAUCUCUGCUACAGUUCUGGAUCUGUUGAAAACCAGAGAGGGAGGAGAGCUGCCCAAGACCCUGACUGAGAUGUACAUCCACUUCCUGGUGGUUCAGUCCAAAGUGAAGAACAUCAAGUAUUAUGAAAGAGCUGAGACAGAUCCACAAUGGAGUCCAGAGAACAGGAAGAUGAUUGAGUCUCUGGGAAAACUGGCUUUUGAUCAGCUGCAGAAAGGAAACCUGAUCUUCUAUGACUCAGACCUGACAGAGUGUGGCUUCGAUAUCAGAGCAGCCUCAGUGUACUCAGGAGUGUUCACACAGGUCUUUAGAGAGGAGAGAGGACUGUACCAGGACAGGGUGUUCUGCUUCGUCCAUCUGAGUGUUCAGGAGUUUCUGGCUGCUCUUCAUGUCCAUCUGACCUUCAUCAAGUCUGGAGUCAAUCUGAUGGAAGAAGAACAAUCAACCUCCAAACCUGAACCAACACGUCUCUACCAGAGUGCUGUGGACAAGGCCCUACAGAGUCCAAAUGGACACCUGGACUUGUUCCUCCGCUUUCUCCUGGGUCUUUCUCUGCAGACCAAUCAGACUCUCCUCAGAGGUCUGCUGACACAGACAGAAAGUAGCUCACAGACCAAUCAGGAAACAGUCGAAUACAUGAAGAAGAAGAUCAGUGAGGAUCUGUCUCCAGAGAGAAGCAUCAACCUGUUCCACUGUCUGAAUGAACUGAAUGAUUGUUCUCUAGUGGAGGAGAUCCAACAGUCCCUGAGAUCAGGACGUCUCUCCACAGAUAAACUGUCUCCUGCUCAGUGGUCAGCUCUGGUCUUCAUCUUACUGUCAUCAGAAACAGAUCUGGACGCGUUUGAGCUGAAGAAAUACUCUGCUUCAGAGGAGACUCUUCUGAGGCUGCUGCCAGUGGUCAAAGCCUCCAACAAAGCUCUGUAG